AUGGAAGACUUGCUUGACACUGCAGAGGCAAUUGAGCAGAUAGAGAAAUUCAAAGGUGUUAAUGUUACUGGCAUAAGGAUAGGCAGUCUGGUCUUCUACCUGCAAUGUACAGAUUUGGGUGGCCUGGGUGAACUCUGGUUCAUGUACAAAAAUGGGAAACUGAAUGACCUACUGGUCAGUAGUUUGAUAAGUGAGGAGACCUUACAGCAACUCUGUGCUGAGAGCAUCUCUGUGAAGACAACCAUCAACAUAGAGGACUUCAGGAAGGCUCUGGUCUACCUAUUCACUACACCUACUGCAGAAGGACAGCCCAAACCAAGACUACCUCAGGAGUACCCCCUCUAUCAGCCACACAUACACAACAGGAGUAAUGUGCUGGAUGUACUUCAUCUUGACAACCUGAAACAUGACCUGCAGAUCCCAUCAUCAACACAGACUGAGGACAGCCAGGAUGGUCUGGAGAUAAAUCUUGGCAAUCAGCAAGCAGCAGGUGAUCAUCAUGAUGCAAACUCUGAAGAUGUGCAGGUAGAGCAGGUGACAUCACAGCUGGCUUCACUAGACACCUUCUGGCAAUCUGAUGAAGACACAGGAAAAAUCAGAUCAGGAAGUAUCCGGUCCACAUCAAGUAUUGGAUCAGCAACGAGUCUUCUAUCAACAAGAACUUCAUCAGGAGUCAGUGCAAAAGAUGAGCAGGUUAGAGAGGUGACAUCAAAACGACGCUCAGUACUGGACAUUAUCAAGUGGCCUAAUAAAUUCCAGAUCAAACAAAAACCCAGGUCAGGAAGUAUCACAUCAACAGCCAGCAUAAGGUCAGCAGCAACUGUCCAGUCAAAAACAACCAUCCAAUCAUCUGAUAGUGGACAAUCCAGAGUGACCAGUAGAUCAUCUGAUACUGGAUAUGCAUCAGCUGGCAGCCUCUUGACUGAAGAAGACAAAGAAAGUUUUGCUGUGGGAGGUAACAAGGAUCCCAAAGACAUCUUGAAAUCCCUCCAUGAACAACUGAACACACCAGCAGUGAAGAAAGACAAGGCACUACAACUCGACCUGUACUGUCAGAUAGGAGAUCUCUACAGAACUAGACUACAUGACUUACAGUCAGCUCUGACGUAUUACCAGAACAUGUUAAAGUGUGCUCAGGCAUUGUCAAAAGAUACCCAACAAGCCAUGGCUUAUUGUAGACUUGGUAUGACAUAUGACAUACUAGGUAAACAAAAACAAGCUUUUAAAAAUCAUGAGAGAGCAUUGCAUAUUUACAAGGUUACAUUAGAAAGAGGUGCUGACAUUUGUAUAGCUUACAAGAACCUGGCCUCAUCAUUAACACUGUCAAAUCAAGUGUCAGAUGCAAAAAGUAACUAUGAAACAGCAUUAGCUGUUGCCAUGGAGACAGAAAACAAGACUGAACAGAUGGAAAUUUACUGGAAGCUGGGUGAUUUACACAGGAAACAGCUACAUGAACCACAGGUCUCACACAAGUACUACACAGAGAUGUUGGCACUAGCCAGGGACUUGGGGAGGAAGGACAGGGAGAGGCUGGCUUACAACAGACUGGGAGUGGCUUGUUGGGACAUGCAGGAUUAUGAGGCAGCUUUGGAGUGGAUUCAGAUGGACUUGAAGAUGUGCCAAGAAAGUGGAGACAAGACUGAACAGAUAACAGCAUAUCAAAACAUAGCUGAUUCCUACAAGGCACUGGGUAAACUGGACCUGGCCAGAUCUCACAAUCAAUCAGCAAUAGACAUUGCCAUGGAGACAGGAAACAAGACUGAACAGAUGAACAUUUACUGGAAGCUGGGUGAUUUACACAGGAAACAGCUACAUGAACCACAGGUCUCACACAAGUACUACACAGAGAUGUUGGCACUAGCCAGGGACUUGGGGAGGAAGGACAAGGAGAGGCAGGCUUACAACAGACUGGGACUGGCUUGUGAGGACAUGCAGGAUUAUGAGGCAGCUCUGCAGUGGCAUCAGAUGGACCUGAAAAAUAGACAAGAAAGUGAAGACAAGACUAACCAGACAACAGCACAUGAAAACAUAGCUGCUUCCUACAAGGCACUGGGUAAACUGGACCUGGCCAGAUCUCACUAUCAAUCAGCAAUGGACAUUGCCGUGGAGACAGGAAACAAGACUGAACAGAUGGACAUUUACUGGAAGCUGGGUGAUUUGCACAGGAAACAGCUACAUGAACCACAGGUCUCACACAAGUACUACACAGAGAUGUUGGCACUAGUCAGGGACUUGGGGAGGAAGGACAGGGAGAGGCAGGCUUACAACAGACUGGGUCUGGCUUGUGGGGACAUGCAGGAUUAUGAGACAGCUCUAAAGUGGCAUCAGAUGAAUCUGAAGAUGACACAAGAAAGUGGAGACAAGACUGAACAGAUAACAGCACAUAAAAACAUAGCUGCUUCCUACAAGGAACUGGGUAAACUGGACCUGGCCAGAUCUCACUAUCAAUCUGCAAUGACCAUCGCCAUGGAAACAGGAGACAAACAUCAACAAAAUAACAUUGCUAUAAAGCUGGCUAAUCUGUAGAUAGGAAUCAGACGACAACAGUACCAGACUGUACAACUAAUAAGUGUAACAUACAGUGUAUCAUAUUUUUCAAAUGGCAGCUAUGUUACUUCAGGUUUGCAACUGUCAUUCCCUACUGCAGUUUUCAUUGUUAACAUGUACUAACAAGACACUAUAAAUGCAGUUUACAUACUGUGUAACCAAACAUGGACAUAUCUUUGAAAACACAUGGUAAACCUAAAUCACAUUUGCUAUUUGUAGCAUAUAAGAAAAUAUUUCUUGACAAUAACGUAACAGCUAUUGUAACUUUGUGAUUUAGAAAGUGUCUACAAAGUGCAAUGCUUCUAGCAUAUAUGUAUUUACUUGUAAAUAUUUCCAGAUUGAUUUAACAUAGUGCAAUAUUCAUAUAUUGGUUUUAUGUCAUGGAUGUUAUCAUGUUAAUGCUAGUUUGCCUUUAUCAGGGGGUAGCCUAUGUCAGUUGUCUUAAAAAUGCAUGGUAUUUGGGAAUAUCAAGUCAACAGACAGGGGUUUGAAAUUGCAAUAUUUUCAAAAUACUGCAGUUUGAAACCACUGUUUGUCAACUUGAUAUCCUAUUGAUACUCUGCUUUGAAAUACAACGGAUAUAGGUUAUCCCACAAAUAAAGGUGAACAAAUGUUAUACUAGUCUGUUACAUGCAUCUGUUCUCCAGUGCCCCAUUGAAAAGCAAUGUCAUGCCACUGAGACAGGCUACAUUGGCUAAAUUAAACAGAACAGAAAAAUAUCACA